CUUCCUCUUUCCCCCCUUUUCCCAGUACUAUAAAAUCGGGAAGCAAAAAAAACUUUUCCAUUCAUUUAUGAGCUCGAAUUUUACUCCAAUGGCGGCCCCGAAACGACGGCUAUUCUUCUGUAUGACCCUAAUUCUCCUCCUCUUUGCAUCAUCAGAAACCCUUCAUGAUUACGAAGUAGACCAGUCGGACGAUUCAUCUCUCAAAAUCAAGCACGAACAGCUCCUAUCAAAGAUUCUCAAUUUAGAAUCCAGCAUUGAUGAGAGGAGCCGUGAAAUUAACUCCAAAGAUGAAAGAAUCAAACAACUGGAAACAACUGUUCUUGAGAAAUCAAACAGUUUGGCCUCCUUGCGUAGUGAAAUUCAAUCUCUCCAGAAAAAGGAAUCUUUUGAUUCAAAGGAACAAAUGGGUGAGGCUCAUGCAAGAGCUGGUGAACUUGAAAAGCAGGUUGAAGAUCUUAAAACUGAAAUAGUUAAACAAAACACAAAAAAAGAUGCACUUGAAGCUCGAAUACAUGUUGCUGAAACAAAAAUUGCAGAAUUAAAUGAGAAACUUGUGAAGCUUCAGAGGACAAAUGAAGAACAAAAGAUUAGAAUCCGUAAUACAGAACUUGCUCUAAAGAAAGCUGAGGAAGAAAGAAUCAGAGUCCAAUUCAAAGCUGCACGCUUCUCAAAAGAACUUUCAGAGGUCCAUGAUUCAUGGCUUCCACCAUGGCUAGCAGUUCAUUUAAUUCAUUUUCAGUCUUUCAUGGUGACUCAUUGGAAUGUGCAUGGAAAACCAGCUCUUGAUGUUGCAUUUCAAAAGGCAAUGGAAACACAAACUCAAGUUCAAAGGUGGACAUGGCCCUACAUUGAUAUGGUUCACACAAAAUGGAUUCCUAUUAUCAAGGAACAAUGGCUUACAUUAGUGACAAAUAUGGAACCACAUGCACAAAAAUUUACUUUCAAGACUAUUGAAAUUUACCAUGUAUCCAUGAAAAAAUUACAGCCUCAAAUUUCCAGUAUAAAAGCCAUUUUGGAUCCUUACAUCAAGGAAGUUAAGAAGUUUACAAAACCUUAUGUCAAUUGGCUUUCAAAGACACUGAAACCUUAUGUUAAUAAAACACACAUCUUUUUAAAACCUUACUCCAAGAAAUUACUCCGUGGUUAUAGAAGGCUCUCUAAAUACACCCUAAAAUACCAUCAACAGGUACGAGGUAACAUACAUGAAGUGAUGAAGCAAAAUGAAAUUACACGUGCCCUUGCAACUAAUGAAUUUGUGUGGUUUAUGGCAUCUGCUUUAAUGGUUUUCCCUGUGAUGUUUCUACUUACUAUGGUGUCAUCUUUAUUCAGUAAAAAGUCAAAAAAGCGAUCGCCACCUCAAAAUAGUUCUACAACCUUCUUUAAUCCGUUAUACAACCUAGGGCCAUGGAAAGCUUCCAAUGCCACACAAUGAGGAAUCACUAGUAUGUUAAUACUCGAUAGACUUGAAUGUUUACAAAUACAAAAAGAUUUGGAAAAUGAUGGUGGUAAUCAAUAUAAAUGUCCUUUUUGCCCUCAUAUCUUGUUGACCUGUGAUAACAUUAUGAACUUUGGUUUUAAUGGUAUAUGACAUAAACGGGUAUAAGGCUAAAAUAGGAACUAUUUUUAUCUUUAUAAGACAAUGAUAUAUAUAGGUUUUUAGAAGAAAGUUGCUAAUUUUUUAUAAAUCGGGUGCUGUUUGUGGAAUUACUUUUAGUUUUGUGUUACUUGUAUUAAAUCUUGUGUUAGUUGCUAAUUUGCUAUUCUACUCUUUAGUCCAACUUGUUAAAAUAAAGAUUCCAUAUUGAAAAUGGAUACGAAUUGAGGGACUUAUUUGC